CUCCCUGGCUAGCCUUCUGCACUUCUAGCAAGUGGCUGUGAUACUGACAAAAGCUUCUCUGGCCGAUUGCCAGAUCUCGACAACCAUGCUCGCAAUGAUGCGAUUAGUGAUCCGACCCAGUGAUUUCUAAUCUCGGCGUUUGCAACUCCCCGAUACAAAUGACGACAUGAGGAGAAUGCGGAGUAUGCUUAGCGAAGUGAGAGUAUAUCUUCGACUCAGAUCCAGACCUAGAAUCUCUUCCUGUCCUCUCAAUUUAUCUUCGACUCAGUUAUUGUCAAACCCAAACCCAAAAAAUGGCCGCUGCUAAACCUUUCGCCAUCGUCGCCGGCGUUGGCCCUGGAACGGGCGCCUCCAUUGCCCGCCGCUUCGCCAAAGCCUACUCCGUCGUCGUGCUCGCCCGCAACCCCGCCAACUACAAGUCCGUCGUCGACGAGAUCAACUCCGCCGGCGGCCAAGCCACGGGCUUCAGCGUCGACCUCUCCGACACCCAGAACGUCAAGUCCACCUUCGAGCAGAUCACGAAGCAGUUCACCGGCUCGCCGCUCGCCGCGGCCGUGUUCAACACCGGAGGUGGUCUCGUGCGCAAGCCGUUCCUCGAGCUGACGGCCGAGGAGUUCUCGUCCGGGUUCGAGUCGCAGGGCAAAGGAGCCUUCAACUUCGCCAAGGAGACCCUCCCGCUGCUCCUCCAGGCCACGAACCUUCAACACCCGCCGACCCUCAUCUUCACGGGGGCGACGGCCAGCGUGAGGGGCUCGGCGAACUUCGCCACCUUCGCGGCGGGCAAGUUCGCCCUGCGCGCACUGGCGCAGUCGCUGGCCCGCGAGUUCGGGCCCAAGGGCGUGCACGUCUCGCAUGUGAUCGUCGAUGGGGUGAUUGACAUCCCGCGCACGAAGGCGUGGACGUUCGAGCAUGAGGAUGCGAAGUUGGAUCCUGAGGCGAUCGCCGAGUCGUAUUGGCACUUACAUAGUCAGCCCCGCACGACUUUUGGGUUUGAGCUGGAUCUUCGACCCUAUGUUGAGAAGUGGUAGGACUGAGACUUUGCUUGUAAGGUAGAACGGAAGGUAGCUCGUUUGUCUGGGUAAAUUGAAGUCCGCAAGGGUUGGCUCAGAUGCCUAAUCUUAGGACUUCAUUAAUGGUAUAGUAGGGGGCAGUGUUCGGAGACAGCAUGUUGAUUAAUCGAACCAAUGGAUCAA